GAUUUAUUGUCAUUGAACUGAAAAACGCGUCGCAACCACAGCGGCUACGCCCCAUUUCGCUUGCCUCCCGAGCUGUGUUCAGGCCUCUAUGCUGCGUAUGCGUGCCUUUCAGUUGGCGCUGCUGCUCAUUGCAGUCCUACUUCAGCUCUCCACCUCCGUCAUCAGUGCGGAAUCCCCCUCAAACAGCAAGAAAAGUGUGGAGGUGCAGUUCCCCCAUGUGUCGGAGGCGCUUCUGGAACAGCUAGGCUACCAGAAGAAGAACCGCUACUCCGCGUCAGCUUUUAAGGUAACGCCUCGCAAGCCAGCGCCGACCUUUAGCAACGUAAACGCCGUGAUCAACGAGAAGUUCGAGAAGUUGUCGCUUAGCGACUACAGGGGCAAGUGGCUCAUCUUGUUCUUCUACCCCUUCGACUUCACUUUUGUGUGUCCCACUGAGAUCGUGAGCUUCAGUGACAGCGUGGACCAAUUCCGCAGCAUCAAUGCCGAAGUUGUGGCUAUCUCCACAGACUCGCACCACACGCACUUAGCCUGGGUCAAGACUCCCCGUAGUGAAGGAGGCUUGGGCAAGAUGAACAUCCCACUCAUUGCCGACAUCAGUAAGCGCAUCUCCGAGGACUACGGCGUGCUGGUCACGGACGAAGAGGACGAGAUGUUCGGUGCUGCACUUCGAGGACUGUUUGUUAUCGACCCGGAAGGCACAAUCCGCUCCAUCCAGAUCAACGAUGACGCGGUCGGACGCAGUGUCGACGAAACGCUACGUAUCCUCAAGGCCUUCCAGUAUGCUGCGUCACACCCUCACGAGGUGUGUCCUGCCAACUGGAAGCCUGGAGGUGAGACCAUUAAGACCAACCACGUUGAAAAAAUGGACUUCUUCCAGCACCUGUACGGUGACGAUAAGAGCAAGAAACAGGAGCUGUAA